UCCAAAGGAAGUUUCUUGAAACCUUCAAUAAACUCUUAUAAAAAUUCCGCUAAGGACAAAAUUUCAAUUGAAUGUUGACUAAAGGCGAACUUUCAAAAUGGUAGUUUAUGGAAAUGACUUUUUAUUGAAACUUUGUUUUCUUCACAGACCUAAAGGAAGAGCUCAAAUUCAUAGAAAGCCAUCAAUUUGUUUGAUACUCUACAUUUUUUUUUUGAGAAAUAAGUCAUACCAAUUCGAUUAAUCAGCUGGAUGGACUUUUAAAUUUGACAUCAUCAAGGUUUGCGGCGGCUAUACUAGGCGAACUAUGUGCAACGUCAAUGGGAAUCGUCUCGGCUUGGUAGUCUGUUUGCCACAGACUGUGUGUCAAACACAAAUACAUAGAUAUACAUUUGGUAGUGUCAAUUGCAAAAAUUAUAAAUUUUACAAUACCUUGGAAAUAUGGCACUUUUGCAAAGUCUAAAAAAUCAAGGCUGGUACUUGACUGAGAAGGGUCUGAAAUUAUUGACGACCGAUGUGGAAACAGAAGAUGUGCAGAAAAUUAUUAAGGCUGCGUUAGACUGGGAUCUGAAGGAGAUAGGCGGAGGGGCUCUGCCGGCGAAACCAGAAAGUAAUGGCAACAUAACAGGGCGUAUCGUCUUGCAAAUACAAAAAAUGCGUAACAUAUCUGCCCCCAAGGCCAAUGAAGAGUCAUCGGUCUCUCCAAGAUUUUUACAGCUAGAACUAACAGAUGGUGUCAAUUCGAUACUUGCGCUCGAAUUGGAACGCCUAUCCAAUCUGAAUCUUAAAAUACCACCGGGCACUAAAUUGUAUUUCAAAGCCGAGAAAUUGCAAUUGAUGCAAGGCCUUUUGGUACUGAAGGAGUCCGAAGUGCAGGUUUUGGGUGGAAAUGUGGAGCACAUGGUGGAAAAGUGGGAAUUGGCUAGGCAAAUGCAAAAAUAUGCGCGCAGCAAUCGGAGAUUAUCCGGCUCUGGUGGUCCACCGCCAUGGAUACCUUUUGGCCAACGAUUGGAUGCGCACAAAGACGCUCUGCCCCAGGACAGGAACUUCAAGAGUUUACAAGCGGCCAAUGAGAAAGAUAAAAAUGCCAAGGAAAAUGAAGAGUUUAAUGCAUCGCGCACUCAGGCUAUUGCCGAAGCGGCAAAAGCCGGACAAAAGAAAGUAUUUGGCGGUGGCCAGCAGAAUAUUCUUGAUCACAAUGUGAAGAAAAUUCUGGAGAAAGGUUACUCGGAAGAGGAUGCCAAGUACGCAUUGAAAACCACAAACAACAAUCUCGAAAGAGCCUUGUACAACCUUAAGCGGAGAAACAAUAGGGGAGCAAGUGAAAGUGUUGUCAAACCCGCAGCAGUCACGACUAGUAUGCCCAGAGGCAGAGGAGCAGCCACAAUUAAGGAGGAGGCCUCGGCAUCCAAACCACAAACAAAUGUUUCGUUGUUUGACUUUUUGACUGACAAAUUACCAGUGACCGUUUCCACCUCGAAUACCACAGAGUCUCCCCCACAGGUGGCUAGUAAUAGCUCACAAUACAGCAAGACCACGAAGGAAACAAGCAAAAAUAGUAAUAGUAGUAAUAAUAAUAAUUCCAAACCGUCGUCUUACGGUGCCGGCAAGUUUGAAAACAAUAUGUCAUCAAGUUUCGCGGCCAAUAGAGCCCGGCCCGAUGAGAAACCCGUGCAGUCAUCCCAACCGCAUUCGCAGCAACAACGUUCUAACUACAACCCAAGGGAGGAGCGUAAACCCAACCCACCUAUUAAGCAAGGCGGCAGAGGAGGUGAGCGCACUCGCAAUACUCAAAGCAAUGAUAAACCACCAAAUCAAACAUCAGCCAACAAUAAUGUCGAAACACCAUCCUCCGGAACCAAUAAUAACAGCAAUAACAAUGUAACGCAUGGUACAAAUUCAAAUAGACGGAAUGAUAGAAACGAGAGACCGCCGCGUAAGGAAAGAGAUCAGCAAGCACGUCAGUCCACGGCAACAUCUGGUGGCAACUAUCAGGCCAACCGGCGCAGCCAGGAAUACAAGUCCAACGAAAACAAACCUUUUCAACCACGCGAAUCGAAUAGCCGGUCUACCAACGAAAAUAAAAAUGCCAAUAGCUACCAACAGAAUCACAACCAACAACCAAAAUCAAACAUCAUGGAUGCUGCAAUAGACAAACUAGCAGAUAGCACUUCCAAAAUGAGCAUUCAAAGUAAAAAAGAACCUUCUUACAACAACACCCAGGUGCGGGGAAGGCAUCAAAGCGCAUCUACACGAUCUUCGAACCAGCCUCCUCAGGGUAAGCCGGGUAAUAACCAAACGCCAAGUGGACAGUUUAUAGGCUCUCAGAACUUUACCAAUAAAGUUGCAGCAACAAACACACAGCACCAACCAGGGCCCACCACCUAUGUAUCCCAAAUGCCCAAUGGAUUUUCAUAUGAUCCCAGCAAGAUCAUGGGUUUCCAGACAAAAGAAGCAAAUGAAUUUGCCAUGAAUCUUUUGAAAAGCCAAGGCUUGUUGCCACAACAGACGCCCGUUGCCAAUGCCCAGCAAACUCAAGUGCAACCUCCUGCUCCCCAACAACACAGCCAACCACCAAUGAUGGCUACACCACAGACGACCCAGCCACCAGCCGUAGCCUAUAUGGCUCAAAAUCCAAAUAAUAUAUUUGUAGCUCCACCCCCACAGCCUGCACAGAUGGCGCAGUAUGGAAUGAUACAGCCCGGUGGUAAUUGGCCCUGGAAUAUUGGUGAUUUAUGCAUGGCCAAAUAUUGGGAAGAUGGCAAUUAUUACAAAGCAAAGAUAACUGCAGUCUCUGAAAAUACCAAUGUAGUUUUGUUUUUGGAGUAUGGCAACUAUGAAGAAGUUGUAAGGACCGAUUGUUUGCCUCUUGCCGAGGGCCAACAUCAUGCCAUCAAUGCUUUUCAGGCGGGACCGCAAUCUGCAAUCCAUGCUCCCAUGCAGCAGAUGCACCACUCAUUUCAAGGGGCAGGCGGUAGUGCAGUUGGCGCAAAUCAACGAUAUCGCAGCGAACGCCAGAUGUAUGUGCCACCAGCAAAGAGGGGUGCCAAUAAUAAUUGACACUUAAUGGCUAGUCAUUCCCACAGCUGCUCCAACCAACAAAACCAGGCGCCAAAUCAAUAUCAUCACCACCAACACCAGCAACAACAGCCAACGAAUACUCGACAACAGCCACAGACGCAGCCACAUCCACCGCCAUAUUUUUACAAUUUGAAAUGAGUUCUAACCUCUGGUUCACAAUUACUAGGUAUAUUGAGUUAGAACGAAAAAUGCAUUUUAGCAUUUAGGCUUCUUUUCACGCAAAGUAUUGAAUAGAUUUUUACGUAAUUACUAAAGUAGAAAAUAAAUAUUUAAAAUUAUUAUUGCUAUUAUUUAAAGAGUUAUUACGACGCUGAUGACUACAACCAAAAAUAUAAUAUGGAAAUGAUAUUGAAAUUUGUAAAUGUUUAUUUGAACAAUAAAAAUAUACAAACCUUUGCGCAUGGCACAGAGAUUGGAAA